UCAGUGUUACACAGCCCGGUGUCCAGAUGGAGCUAAUUUCUGCCUCUCCGGUGUCUAAUCCGGUGAAAAUAAGCUCGUAGCUACUUUCUUACAUUCCCGGUGGAGCUGGAGACGUUCACCUGUUUUAAUACGGUUAUGUUUAGCCUGUGAUUUCACCUGUUUAAACCGGAUAUUACAGUGAAGCGGACAGACGUUAGUUUGCUGCAGCUAACGUCCUGGUUCACAUCUGAUCAGUCCGACAUGAAAAGAAGCGGCGCAUACAGGUUCCUGUCGGUUUUCUCGUGCUUGAUCGUUUGCGUGUUUUUAUUCAUAUUUUGGUUCUUUAUAUUUUACUCGAUGAUGCUCGCACCAUAAAACACACACACACACACAGAUCUUAGCGGCAGCUAACUGAGGCUAACUUGACGUGCUACUUACCCACACUGCACCGCUGUGUUGACAAGUUCCCCCGGCUCGUCACAUGAUCGACCUCACCAGGAAGUGAGGAUUUCUGCUUGUGAAACUCGCAGCUUGUUAGUGAAAGUUGUGAUGGCGUCUGACACCACUGGAGCGGCGUCCUUCGCUGCAGACCUCAAGCUGCAGUUUGCUCCCUUCAGCAGCGCUCUGGAGGCAGGUUUCUGGCACCAGCUCACUCAGAAGAAACUCGACGACUACAGGCUGGACGAGAGCCCCAAAUGCAUCAAAGGAUACUACUACAAUGGUGACCCAGUUGGUUUGCCCACACGCCUGACUUUGGAGUUCAGCGCAUUUGAUGUUGACGGUCCGACCCCAGCCCGCUGCUGUCCAGCUGUUGGAACGCUGUACAACACCAACACACUCGAUGCCUUUAAGACCACGGAUAAGAAGGCUCUGCUGGAGAAAGAGGCCAAGGAGAUAUGGGAUGCCAUACAGUCUGGUGCUGCGUUGAAGGACCCGUCCAUCCUCUGUAGAUUCAUUCUGCUGACCUUUGCCGAUCUGAAGAAGUACCAUUUCUAUUACUGGUUCUGUUUCCCUGCGCUCUGCUUCCCCGAGGGGAUAAAGAUCGUCCAGCAGCCUUCUGUCCUUGAGCAAGUUUUCUCUGCGAAACAGAUCGCAGCCUUGCAGGAGGCCUAUGACGGCCUGUGUAUGAAAAGAGGAACCAGUGCCGUUCCUUACUUCCUAAUGAAGUACACAGACAAGGCUGUUCAGAUGGCUCCACUCGGAGACUGGGAUACAUUCUUCACUGAUACUAAGAAGGUUACUGUGGGCGUCUAUGAUCCGUGUACUCUGUCUCAACAUCCGGGCUGGCCUCUGAGAAAUCUUCUGGUCCUCUUAGCUAAUCGAUGGGGCUCAAAGCUGGACACGGUGGAGGUGCUGUGUUUCAGGGACAGGACUCUGCAGGGAAGCCGCUCCAUUCAGCACAGUGUCAUCCUCCAGGUCCGACUACCUGAACUCUCCAACGACUCAGCAUGUCCUAAGAGUGUAGGGUGGGAGAAGAACCCUAAGGGGGCCAUGGGACCCAGGAUGGUCAACCUCAGUGAAUGCAUGGACCCAAAAAGGCUUGCAGAGUCAUCAGUGGACCUGAACCUGAAGCUAAUGAGAUGGAGGCUGGUUCCUUCCCUGGAUCUGGACAAGGUGGUCAAUACCAAGUGUCUGCUACUGGGAGCUGGGACUCUGGGCUGCAAUGUAGCCAGGACUCUGAUGGGAUGGGGAGUGAGACACAUCACAUUUGUAGACAAUGCCAAGAUCUCGUACUCCAACCCAGUUCGACAGCCGCUCUACGAGUUUGAGGACUGUCUCGGAGGAGGGAAGUCCAAAGCCAUGGCGGCUGUCGACCGACUCACCAAAAUCUUUCCCGGCGUGAAUUCUGAGGGUUACAAUAUGAGCAUCCCCAUGCCUGGUCACCCAGUGAAUUUCUCCCAGGCCACUCUCUCACAGGCCCAGAGGGACGUCGAGCAGCUGGAGAAACUCAUUUCAGAACACGAUGUGGUUUUCUUACUCAUGGAUACGAGGGAGAGCCGCUGGCUGCCCACGGUGAUCGCUGCCAGCAAAAGGAAGCUGGUGGUGAAUGCUGCGCUGGGCUUCGACACGUUUGUCGUGAUGCGCCACGGCCUGAAGAAACCCCCCGUCGGUCAGAAUUCAUCUGUAGGGGCUGCAGACUCUUCCCCUUCCUGUUCCUCCGCCUCUUCUUCAUCCUCCACGCCGGCCGGCUCCGCACCCUCCCUCCCAGGAUCCUCUCUGUUCUCCAACAUCCCGGGGCACAAGCUGGGCUGCUACUUUUGCAAUGAUGUUGUGGCACCAGGAGAUUCUACCAGGGAUCGGACUCUGGAUCAGCAGUGCACAGUCAGUAGACCAGGCCUUGCCAUGAUCGCCGGAGCCCUGGCUGUUGAGAUGAUGGUGUCCAUUCUGCAGCACAGUGAAGGAGGCUAUGCAGUGGCCAGCAGCAGUGACGACCGAAUGAAUGAACCUCCCACGUCUCUGGGUCUGGUGCCACAUCAGAUCCGAGGCUUUCUUUCGAGGUUUGACAACGUCCUGCCCGCCAGCCUGGCCUUCGACAAAUGCACUGCCUGCUCGCCCAUCGUCCUGGACCACUACGAGAGGGAAGGUUUCAGCUUCCUGUCCAAGGUUUUUAAUUCUUCCCACUCUUUCCUGGAAGACCUGACAGGGCUGACGUUGUUGCACCAGGAGACACAGGCGGCAGAGAUUUGGGAUAUGAGCGACGACGAGAGCAUCUGAAGGACCAGACGAACACUCCCAUCCAUGUUUCUGUAUGUUUGUUUUGAAUGGAUCUCACACUUGGGAAGGACAAGGAGAGUGAAUGGCUCAGUGAGAGCUUUGUGGACUGGACAAAAUCAUAAAAUUCAAAAACCAAGCACUGAACAAAUACUUGCUUCGGAAACGUUGCUGACAAGCUUUAAAAUUCCUAUUAGUCUUCAUUUGGAUUCAUCAGCCAAAGAGUUGGACCUUCAGAGGCGAGUAAUCAUUAAGUUAAAAAUGAUAAACAGCAGAGGGGAAUGAAGCUGUUUUAGUUAAGGGAGAAUGCACCUGUUACUUAAUGAUGUUAUCAGUCACAUUUAUUCACAGUUUGGAGUCAGCUCAGUUCCCCUGAGCUAAAACACAACACACUCCACAUGUAUUAAGGGACUUUAUUUUGUCCAAAAAAAGCUUCACUGAAUGGUCACAGGUUCAGCCUCUCCAUCAACACAUUUAAUGGAUUUGGUGAAGAGCCUUUUGGCAAGACUUUGACUCACUACAUCUGCUCGCUCAUUCAGGUUUGAAAAAAGAGCUUCAGAUGAAUUACGAAAAUACAAAAACACAGUUGACAACUCAGCAACUCCAUCCAUCUCCCCGUCUGUUUACUAGCGACUGUGAUACAUACAGUACAGUUAAUAGAAAAACCAGCUUUGUUCCUUUCAAAGUGUUUACUCUGAGAAAACCUGCACAGAUGUUACUGUACAGCAACUCAUCUGCUGCUCCUAACAUUUUAGUGUUACUGUAGAAAACCUGGAACUCACAACUGCACAGUUUAAUCUUAAAGAGCCGAAUGAAGGUCUUUAUGGUUUGUUUGUAUUGAUGCAUGCUUAUCCUUGUCUGUUUUUUUACUCUGUGCCCUCUGUCUGAUCUGCUAACAUGUACUAUAUUUUCAGUCUAAUGAAAUGUAAAUUUCAACAGCAGUUUGGGUGCUUACAGAGGAGGAUGAGUGCUGUGGAAAAUAGAGAUUCAAGUCAGAAUUGUGAGGAAAACACACACUUAAAUUUAGACUUUUGUCCUCACGUGAGAUUAAACUCAGGAUUCAGAUUUUGUUUCAUAAUUCUGUCUUCUCUGUUUGCAGGGCCCUAAUUCUCCUCUGUAAGUAUUUAACUGAAAACUGGAAUAAAAUGUCUCUCUAUUAUUUCCCCA